UUUAGGUAUUGAUAACGUGAAAUCACAACAGAGAGCAUAGUAACAUCAUAUGUGGCAGUAACUUAUACACUGUUUCAUUAUUAUUUGCUAACAUUGCGUGGCAGUAGUUCGGGAGAUUUGAGCGCAAUGCAAGCUUUACGACAAGCUAUCAAAAUUUGUGCCACCAGUGAAAUCUUUAGAUUAUUCAGCAAACAUCCGUUGCCAGCAGCUACAAGGUCCAUUGAAGCGAUCCAAUCCUCGUGGAAUCAUGACCGGCAGCGAGGCUACUACCGUGGCAACUACAAAUUUUCCGGUACAAGACACAUAAGUACUGCCCUGUCUGGAUUGUUCACUGGCCUCAUUUCACACUCACCUACAGAGGAUGGAGAUCAGCAACGUCCGCGACGGAUGUUUUCGUUCUUCCCGAGUGUUUCUGCUUCUACUAAGGGAAAUGAUCUGAAGGGCCGCCGGGCGAUGUACAAUUUUAUCGCGGACGUGGUAGACGUUUGUGCGGCUCCCGUCGUGUAUAUCGAAAUCAAGGAUACGCGACACUAUGACUUUUUCUCCGGACAGCCGGUGACCGUUUCCAACGGGUCUGGAUUCAUAGUCGAACAGGAUGGACUGAUUCUAACGAACGCUCACGUCGUGAUUAGUAAACCCAACACGAUGGUCACAGUGAAGUUACUAGACGGGCGUACUUUCCCCGGAGUUGUUGAGGACGUGGAUCCGAACUCGGAUCUAGCCACCGUUCGUAUCAAAUGCAAGGAUUUACCCGUCAUGAAGCUGGGUGCAUCUUCCGAUCUCCGAUCGGGCGAAUGGGUGGUAGCCCUUGGGAGUCCACUGGCCUUGAACAACACCGUAACGGCUGGCGUUGUCAGUUCAACUCAGAGGCCUUCGCAGGAGCUGGGCCUGCGAGGCAAGGCCAUCAAUUACAUCCAAACGGAUGCGGCCAUCACUUUCGGCAACUCUGGUGGUCCGCUGGUUAACCUCGAUGGGGAAGCGAUCGGAAUCAAUAGUAUGAAAGUGACACCGGGCAUAAGUUUCGCCAUUCCGAUUGACCACGCCAAGGAGUUUCUGCACAAGGGAGCCGAGCGGCGGAAGGCGGUAGGUUACAGUACCGAGAAAAUACCUGUCCGCCGGUACAUGGGCAUUACGAUGCUAACCCUGACGCCGGAAAUGCUGAGAGAACUGCGCCAGCGGAGUCAAAAUGUGCCGGAUAGCGUACGAAGUGGAAUUCUGGUCUGGAAGGUGAUCCAGGGAUCGCCAGCUCAUGUGGGUGGCCUUUACCCGGGCGACAUAAUCAUCAGCAUCAACGGCAGGGAGGUGAAGAAUUCGGCGGACGUGUACGAAAUGCUCUCUGGCAAAGAGAAGUUGCUCAAGAUUGUCAUCUACCGAGGCGUCGAGCAGAUGUCCCUCCAGGUGAUCCCAGAAGAUCCCUAGCGAGGAUGAUAUCACAGCGAGCAAGUAGGAAACCAACGGUUGUUCUCACAUCACUUAAUUUACGAUAACUGUAAAUACAUACAAAUGUAUAUUUUUACACUGCGACUAUAAUAAUUUUCACAUCCAUACGAUAUCUGUGCAAUUCAUUUUUUUUUCUUAACAUAUACUAGUAGUACAAAUUGGUGCCUAUAUAUAACAAAUCUCAGUUCUCUGCGUACAUACAAUAUGUGGCGUAUUUAAACAAUUAACUAAUAGUGAACUGUUCAUUCUUCAUGCGACGAUCCAUUGGUACCAUUCGUGCAUUGACCAUUGGCGGUUCCAUUCGUGCUUUUUUUGCAAUCCGUCCCGUUUAAACCAUUUGUCCCAUUGCUCGUACCAUUUGUACCAUUCAUCCCAUUAGCGGCUCCGUUCGAUGUUCCAUUCAGAACAGCCCGAUGACCGUAGAAAACUUCAUAGUUUUUGGAAUAAUCUCUCUGCAGUUCCAAUUCGACUGUAUCGGCGGCCAAAUAGGCAGCACCAAGCGCCAUCGACUUGGUUAGCGUCAGCAGCUUCAGAUCAUAUUUAAAUUUGGCACUCUCCAACUCCUUGGUGAAACCCGGCUCCAGUAGCUCCCAGCUAAGCCAGACGGACCCGACACACACAAUAUCAACCUCACCACAUUGGCUGAUAAGAGCGGGACUGAUACGAGGCGUCAAGGCGCACACCGAACGGGCCAACAUCCGGCCGGCCUGUUCGAAUAAUUUACGACACAACGGAUCUCCCUCUUCCAUGGCACAUUUCGCCAGCUUUGCGCACAAUCCGGAGAACGUAGGCUUACAGAAUUUGGCAUAGCAAUGGUCCAACAGAUCCGAACGUUCCUUCACUCCAAAGUGUUCCUGUAUCAGUUCCCAGACCCUGUCGAUACUGAACUCGCUUCGUUGGAGAUUGUCCUCGUGGUCGAAUACUGUUUUGACGGCAUUUUUCGCGAUCCACCAAGCUGAAAACAAUCUUCGAUCAUUCAUAUUAUUCGUAUUGAAUUGUAACUCAGAUUACCUCCACCCUCAUCGCCAAUCAUGUGUCCCCAGCCACCACAGCCGUACGUGCUUCCGUCCGGAUUGCGCAGCAAAGUGUUCGAACCGGUGCCCGAUAUUAUCACCAUUCCGCCGACGUUCGAAGCGGUUGCGAUGCUCCCGAUCGUAUCGCUACCUACGGUGUACCGUUCGGCCACAUCGGGAUAGUGCGUUUUCAGAUAGUUCUCCAGCUGCUUGUUGGUUGCGUCCUGCUCGGCUCCACUGAGGCACAGUCCCAUCGCGGCCAGUCGGUGAUUCUCGGAGAUAGCGGCCUGUGCCUUGGCGUCGCGAGUCAUUGUGUCGAUUCGUUUGGCCACCUCCGGAAUGCCCACCAUCCAGUGGUUCGUUCCGGGGCCCUUGGUGGAUGCCACGACAUUGCCGGCCUGGUCGCAAAUCACCAACUUCGAGUGUGUUGCGCCACUGGAAAUAAAGGAAUCGGAGGGGAUCAAACGUUAGUAGUUAUCUGGGGGCGGAUAAAUGAUGGGCAAAUGAUAAGUAGUAAUGAACGUUUUGUAGUGUUUCAAUAGAAAUUGGUUUUUACAGGGUGACUAAUUUGAUUAUAUUUUUGGACCGUUGAGUUAAACUAACUCCGGCUCGUAGGACAUGUGGGUGGCCAGGUUUCCAAAGACACAGGUUUAUCUAUAUUCCUACAUAUGUCUUAUUAAAAUCAAGAAGACAGAAGAGGAAACCCCAAACAGAUGCCUGAACAAACAAGAAAAUCAUCCGAGAAGUGAAGAAAAAUCCUAAAGUUACAAUCCAGCAGAUCCAGGAAGAGCUUCAGCUUUUGCUUUCGCAUCGGGCUGUCCGUCGUCGCAUCGGAGCGCAUAGUUUUGAAACGGCGGGCGUUUCAUGCAAUUUUAAUAGUACAAAGAACCCACUGAAUGAUGCUUGAGAGUACCAAAUCAUUCUCAUUGUGCAAGUUUCGGUGAUUCGAGCUUCAAAUGACGCCGCCCACGUUCUUACAGUCACCAGAGGAAGAGAAGGUAUCUUAGUAUGAUCAAGUAUGGAAAAGUUCAUUCGCUUAUUUCUCCACACCUGAUUAUAAAUCUCUCUUGUAUCUGCUUGGAAUAAUCAUGGCGAAAAGAAUGCAGCAAACAAUCGUGAGAUUGCACGAUGAAUUAUUUUACACUCCCCGACCAUCUUCAUUCGGGACUGAUAGAAAACAUAACAAAACAAAGAGUCGAAAACAACAUUCAAUGAAUGAAUAUUCCUAUGGAAGGAUCGCACGAAACAAAAUAACAAGUGAGUCAAAAUAGAUUUAAUCUGCGUGUAAGUAUGAUUUUAUUUUCCCUUGUACUCUUUUCCUUGUCAGCAUUCAAGUGCACAUGAAAUCCACCUUCCCGCUCAUCAAUAACAUGCGUUAAUAUGGUCUUUUGCGUUGGCUUAGAUAGUUUCAUACUAGAAACAAAAAAAUGUCAUUGUAAUAGUGCACAGGAAACAACUCGAUUUCAACUAUCUACCUAUAUUUUACUGCCGCGAUCGAGGCUCAAUGAUUGCUAUUUGAGUGAAAAACGAAUGAUUUUACAGAGACACUCGCUGGCUCAAGCAAAAGUUUCCAGUUUGAUUCUAUCACCAUCAUUCAGAGAGACAAAUGAGGGAAUGCAAAAAUUUCUGAGAAUAGAUGAGGGGAAUCGAGACAGUAUUUUUCCGUUCUAAUCGAGAAUGAACUUUGCGAAGAGGAUAGGUGAAUGUUUUCUGUCUCAAAUAAAGUGAGGCAUAAACGGAGAAUAGAAGGGUGAGUUUUAUCUGAGAAUGAGUGUUGUUGAACGAAUUUCGAUGCGAUUUUGCCCAUACCUGAGUAUGAUAUUCGCCACCAGAAGGAUCGCCUCUAUAGCGUGAUUUCCUUGUGAUUAUCAUGGAAGGAAAAAAUGAUGUGGUGAGUGAUGUGAUGCGUAGUACA